AUGAACGGGGAACCUCAGGGUUCCACGGCGACCUCCAAAUCCCACUCGAAGCAUGGAAGAAAAGGAAUUCACUGGGCACCUUUGAACAUCGGCCUCGAACGACGCCUGCAGACCUUCAUUGUGCUCUGUCAUACUCUAACCAUCGCCAUCUUCUUAACUGGGUUCUUCUUCACCUGCGCAAUUCCGAUUUUUUGGCCGCUUCUGGUCCCAUAUCUCGUGUAUAUCUCUUUGUUCUCGACUGCCGCAACAUCCGGUGAUCUAAAAGGCCGCAGUACGUUCUUGCGCUCACUUCCGAUUUGGAAAGUGUAUGCAUCCUACUUCCCCGCUCGCCUGCACCGGGAGGAAGAGCUUCCCCCAACCAAGAAGUACAUAUUUGGCUAUCACCCUCACGGAAUCAUCUCUCACGGUGCAUUUGCUGCGUUCGGCACAGAGGCUCUAGGAUUCUCGAAGCUGUUUCCUGGGAUCACCAACACGUUACUGACGCUGGACGCGAACUUCCGCAUUCCCUUUUACCGCGAAUAUGCAUUUGCCAUGGGACUGGCCAGUGUGUCCCGGGAAUCUUGCGAGAAUAUCCUAACCAAGGGUGGUAGCGACGGGGAGGGCAUGGGGAGGGCCAUCACAAUUGUCGUAGGAGGCGCGCGGGAAUCACUGAACGCCCAACCCAACACACUGCGCUUGGUUUUGAAACGCCGCAAGGGAUUCGUCAAGCUCGCAAUUCGGACAGGAGCGGACCUUGUGCCUGUUUUGGCCUUUGGGGAAAAUGAUCUCUACGACCAAGUUGACUCGGACCAGCACCCCCUUAUCCACAAGUUUCAGAUGUUCAUCAAGAAAACCCUGGGCUUCACGGUUCCCUUGUUCCAUGCACGCGGUGUUUUCAAUUACGACAUCGGCUUGAUGCCCUACCGCAAUCCCCUCAACAUUGUGGUCGGACGGCCGAUCCCGGUCAUGCAACAGCAAAACCGUGACAAAAUUGAUGACCGGUACAUCGAUGAACUCCAUUCCCAAUAUGUGGACGAAUUGGGACGUCUAUGGGAUCAGUGGAAGGAUGUAUAUGCCAAGAAUAGAGAGGGCGAGUUGGAAAUUAUCUCCUGA